AUGCACUCGCUCCUUGUUAUACAAACCACUUUCAGUUUCAAUAUCCAUGCACUCGUUUUUUCUCACUCCUUCUCUUGUGCGCGCGAAUCCGAUCUCACUGGACGGACGAGACGGAAGAUUGGGAUGAGAAAACCUAGUAAACGGGACUGA